AUGGUUGGGGCUGGUGUGCUGCUCGGCCUGUGUAUUGCCCUGCUGGUGUUGUUCCGUGAGUACGGCUGGCCACAGAAGAUUCCGGCGCCAGUUCUGUACCGGACACAACAGCUCCGGUACCGGAUGGAUGACUAUUCCUCCAAAGGGUCCCAGGUCAUCGUGCAGCAGAAGAAACACCGCAGUCUCCAGAUCAGCAUGACCCAGGACUCCAUGCACAAAGAUGAGUUCUGGGACUACGAGGAGCAGGUUGAUCUGGAAGCCUUCAGCGCUAGCACCUUCUAUGACAUCCUGCUGAGACACAGCGUGUCUGUCACAGCUCGCCUUGCACAGCUCAGAGGAGAGGUGAAGGAGCUGUACCAGGGCGUUGUGUGUAAGGUGCAGACUCUGCAGAUGGGCUGUGCAGGAGCAGCUACGGAUGGUGGCGUGGGACACACAGAGCCGUGUGGGCGCGUGCAGCGCGAUCUGGAGCGCGAGGUGGCACGGCGGCGGUCGCUGGCCGAGAGGCUGUGCCAGCUGCUAGAGUCCCAGCUGCAGACGCUGAGCCAGGAGCUGCAGUGCCAACGACACACACACAGGACCCUACGGACACGUGUCAGGACAAGCCUACGACUGCUGGGGCAGGCCGCCGACAGCCCACAGCCACACAGUGUGCUCCGGUGUGUGUCGACGCUGGCGGACGAGCUGGAGGAGCUGGUGUCAGGGGAGUGCCAGAGGCAGGGAGUGUGGGCGGGGCUUAAGGAGGGCACGGGGGCCCGCCUUCUGUGUCCAGCCACAGGCUCCACCCUCAGCAGGGAUGACAUCAUCGCGUCUGACGGCACCGUGCGGGCGUGCCAUGCCGUGCAUGUGGAUUCGGUCACGGGGCUCCUGCUGCCCAACCCUGGUGCCCAGAUGCUGCUGUCCAAUGGGCACAGCAUGCCCGUGCCCCCAGACUUCUUCUUACACCCCCAGACCGGACGCCUGCUGCCCGCCGCGGGCAACAUCGCUUUCGACCCCCAAAGCUCUACACUGGUGUUCACCGCAGACGCUUGCCUGGAGGACGCUGGGAAGUGGGAGACCCCUCCGUUGCCGUUUGUCCCGUACCCGGCGGCGCGGCCUGGUGAGCGCGCGAGGGCGGGCAGCCUGCGGGGGCUGCGUCCGGGGCAGAGGCUGGCGCUGGGGGGUGCCAUGUGUGACCGGGACUCGGGGGUGCUGGUGCCCAUCCUGGCCGUGACCAUCCACCCGCUCACGGGGCUGGUGUACCCGCUGGGGGGCGCGCACGUGUGCCCCAUCACCCGCCUGCCGCAGCCCAUUCAGCUGGGGGCGCCCAUGCUGGACCCACGCACCGGCAGCCUGCAGCUCAUCACAGGAGUCACGCUGGACCCUACCACAGCUGCUGUUCUCCCACUGGGCGGAGUCGUGUUGGGCGAGUCCUUCAUCGAGCCACUGAGUGGGCGUCUGGUGCGAGUAGGUGGGGCCAGCAUGCGGGGGGGGAAGUUGGUGCCUCAUGCGGGGGGGUUCCAGGCUCUGCUGGAGGCUCAGGCUCUGGGCGCCGGGGCACGGAUGGUGGAACUGCUGCAGGGCGUGUGCGGUGGCCGCGGGGGUCCAAGGGGGCUGCAGCGGGAAGUGGGGCGUGUGCGCGAGGCGGCCGUGCAGCUGGAGCAGGCCUGGAGGACCAGCAUGCAUUGCAGCCUGCAGCUCUGCGCCCGCCUGGAGGCCACACACACCUGGGCAUGCCGCGUCGCUCAGGACGGAGGCAGUGUCGGUGAGAUCCAGCUCUCGGGUUCGGACCAGACCCUACCAGCACUGCUGGGCCUGGAGUACCCGGACCCGGGGGGUUCUGGUCUCAGCGUCCCGGUCCUGGGAGCACAGCUGGACUGGCAGACGGGCCGCAUGGUGGCGCUGGCAGGGACCAUGGAGGAUGCAGAGGGGAAAGGGUUGGUCCCCAUCCGUCUUGGGGUCCAGACAGUGGACCCUGUGACUGGGGCUCUGUCCGCUGUGGUGGGGGCGCGUCUGGAUGUGGUCAAGAGGAGCGUGGUGCCGGUGACUGUCUCACACCUCAUGAGUCUUCGUGACAACGCAGACAGUGUACAGCGUGAUACCCUACAGAAGGAGGUGUGUGUGAGGUUGUGUUACUGGAGGCAGCAGAGACACAAAGAGGAGGAGCUACUGGGGGAGCUGGAGGCAUCACUCAGACACCUGCUGUCUGACAACACACACACGGUGCAGUGGACAGAGUCUGACCAGCAGCUGCGUGAGGUGGUGCAGGAGCUGCAGGAGUCUGCACAGACGGAAACACAGAGGAGACACACACACACCAGCGAGCUCACACACCUGCUACCUACACACAUACUCAACAUUCUCACACAAGGUGAUGAGGAGGAAUGGGAGCAGCAGUGUGUGUGGCAGACUGAGCUGGUGACGGGACUGAACAGGAUCAGUGUGUGUGUGGAGAGGAUGCAGCAGGACCAGGAGGAGGCCAGGGCUCGUCACACACUUCAAUUGUCAGGAUUAGAGGGACAGAGAGAAGUGUGGGAACAGCUGAGCAGCAGACAAUCCCACCUGGAGGCAGCCUUCGUCUCUGUUCUGUGUGUGCGGGAGCUCUGCCAGAUACGUGCAGAAAUCGCCCAGGCCAUGAUGUCAGGCUCGUUCUGGUACAGUGACAUGAGCCUGCUCCAGCCUACUGCUCCUCCCAACCCCCUACGGGCACUGUCCCUCACGCAGCUCAAAAUCCUGCCCCGCCUGGAGAGACUCCUGCAACACAUUGAGGACACAAACAGCCAGCACAGCUCCGGCCUGUCGGUCAAGCAGACACUUGGGAUAGAGAGCAGCUCUAGAGAGUGGACCGCCUCUGUGUCUGCGGUCAAAGGAGUCUCACCUCAGUCCCUGAAGGAGCAGCUUAAGCCCCGUCCAUCAGAAGAGCAAGAUGGACCAUUGGCAAAGGAGCCACAAGACAAGAGUCCAACCAAUUACAAUACAGACUUGCUGGCCAUGAGGGGCAGUACUCCAUCAGGUCCCAUUAGUAUUCCUGUACUGACCGAGGCAGAGUGGGUGCAUGUGCUGGAGCUGUCUCCCCUCUUCCAGCUGCUCUGUGGUCUGGAGCAGCAGCUCCGGUGUCGAGCCAAAGAAAUGGGUCUCUUCAAAGGACACGGCACCAACAGGGGGCGCUCUUAUUUAGACUUCCUGGACGCUCAGUGGGAGUGUGAGGGGCAGCUUGAGGCUGUCAGUCAAGAGAGUCUAAACACUCGAGAGUUUCUCAUCUACCAACACGGCCAUUUCCUGCUGCAUAUGCUACACUCUCAGAAAGUGGUUCCCCUGGUGAAGCUUCAGAUAGCCUCCAAAUUACCCCAUAAUGACUACCUCCAAAAUGCCUUCAGAAACUCCUUCUCCUAUCAGGCGGAGGAGGAGAUGCUGAGUGUACGUCAGCAGAGGCUGCAGUCGGUGGGCGGUUUCUCUCUGGUGCUCCUGCACUGCCUGGCCCACAUCGCCUGUGGGGACAUGCACUCCGACAACAGCCCUGCCUUCCAGAGGACCUUCUUCAAGACGCUGCAGGUGUGUCUGGAGCAGUUGUUCCAUGCCAGACUGGGACUGCCCAGCUCGGGGGUAUCUGCCCCAGCAGAUAGCUCUCACCUAGAUGCCCUGAAAACUACCGAAAGCUCCCAUCCAGAUGCCCUGAAAAUAGCCUCCCUAUUCGGCCGGACCCAGAUGGUCAGCGGGGAUGCUCACACAGACGACAAGAUGUUGGGAAUCCUCCGGAGGCACAGACAGGCAGCAGUGUUCCUGCAGCUGGAGGGGCUGUUGAAGGGAAAGGGCCCGGGGGCCCCUGAUCCCUGCUGAGGUUAUCGCCGUCUCAUGGCACACCACUGGAGCCACAGCAAGGAGACACAAUCAGCCCUCAGCACAGCCCUAAGCACACACACACACACACACACACACACACACAGCUCUCAGCACAGCACACACAUGGCCACACACA